GGGGCGUGUCGUGUAGAGGGGAGUUCGGGGGGCUGGUCUCCCGGCAGUUUUGCAGGGCUCUGUAGGAGGCUUCGCCGCACCGCGCCCGCUCGAGCUUGACCAUGGAGCGAUUCUUGCUGGGCUGCCGGGCCGCUGUGCAGUACCCCUGCUGUUAUUCCCAUUUUACAGAUGAAGAAAUUGGCACAGAUAGCAGUUAAACGACUUGCUGAGGUUCAACACCUAGAGUCCCGACCUCUUCAUGUUGUAUUGGGAAAUGAAGCCUGUGACUUGGACUCUAUGGUGUCUGCUCUCACUCUGGCCUUCUACUUGGAAAAUACAUCUGAGUCCAAAGCAGCCUUUGUGCCAGUUUUAAAUAUUCCACAUUCUGAGCUAGCACUGAGGGGUGAAAGUGUAUUUCUGCUUUCGGAACUUAAUAUCCCAGAGUCUUCCUUGAUUUUCCGGGAUGAAAUUGACCUUCAUGCUUUGCACCAGAUUGGGCAACUUACCCUUACCCUUGUUGACCAUCACAUCCUCCCAAGCAGUGAUAAAAGUCUAGAGAAUGCUGUAACAGAGGUGUUGGACCACCGGCCCCUGGAAAAACAAUACCCCCAUUCCUGUAGUGUAACAGCAGAGCUGGUGGGAUCCUGUGCCACUUUAGUGACUGAGAGAAUCCUUCAGGGAAAGCCAGAAAUUUUGGACUGGCAAACUGCAGCACUUCUGCAUGCAACCAUAAUCUUGGAUUGUGUCAACAUGGCCCCUGAAGCUGGCAAAGUAACCCCAAAGGAUUCUAAGUAUGUAGCACAGCUAGAAGCCCUCUUUCCAGACUUAUCAAGUAGGAGCAACAUCUUUGAGUCCCUGCAGAAAGCCAAGUUUGAUGUAUCAGGGCUGACUACAGAACAGAUGCUAAGAAAAGACUUGAAGACAAUCUCUGGGGACAGUACCAUGCUGGCCAUUAGUGCAAUAUACAUGGAUUUGGAGGUUUUCCUUCAGAGAUCCAACCUCACAGCAGAGUUAGACUCCUUCUGUCAAGCUCAUGGCUAUGAUGCCCUUGUUGCUAUGACUAUCACUUUCAACCCUCAUAAUGAGCCAGUUCGGCAUCUGGUGGUUUUCUGUCCUAGUGUGGACCUCCAGAAUACAAUCUGUGAAGCCUUGGAAUAUUCCCACUGUCCACCUCUGAACCUGACUCCAGCCCCAACCCCUCACCCCAACCUCAGGGCCUAUCUUCAAGGAAACACUCUUGCUUCCAGGAAGAAAGUUCUCCCUAUCCUCAGAGAUGCCCUAUGGGGGGGGAAUCCUGGUGCCAUGAGGACGCCUUCAGGAAAGCCUGGGUCAGAAGACUGCUCCCAAGAACAGAUGGAUGAUGAACUGGACAAAACCAUUAAUCCUCUGAUUCCUGAAAUGAGUCGAGAUGAGGAGGAACCUGUGCUGCCCCCUACACCCAUGAACAGCUUAGUAGAUGAGUGCCCUCUGGAUCGGGGACUACCUAAACUCUCAGCUGAGGCUAUUUUUGAAAAAUGUAGCCAGAUCACAAUAGCACGUUCCUCUACCAGUCCUCCCCAAAAGAAGAAGUGACUUACAGGGUGAGAAUGGGGGAAAUUUUCAGAACAUAGUAGGAGAUGGUGCCCAACCUAGCUUGAAUGCAUGAUUUGAAAUGUUUAGGGAAUUUUCAUAAUUCUCUUCAUUGCUCCAGGACCCAGGUACACUAAUUCACAUAGAUGUGGAAGGAGGUAGAAGUGAAAGGAGAUGUGAUGGCUGUAGGGAUGGUUUUCUACCUUUCCCACCAAUCAGCCAAUUUUUUUUAUUAAUUCUGGAAAUCUGCACUGACCUCACUCUUAAAACACAGGGGUUUAGCAUCUUACUUACACACACACACACACACACACACACACACACACAGAGUCUCCUGAAUAGAAUGGAAAAGGCAAAUAGUACCAGGGAAACUCUAGCAGUGCUCUCAGCCCUUAUCUGAACAAAGACUAAGGUACCUCCCAUGAAACUUAGGGGUAAAUCUACUUGUUCCCCAAGCAUUUGACUGCAUAUUCAAUGCUGGGCAGAGUAGAGAUAGCUUUGGAAACUCACCCAGUUUUCAGCCUGUUUAUGAUAACUAGGACAUGAUUUUUCUUUCGGCCACUAUUGAGGUGAUAGUAUUAAUGCAAAGUUAAAUUUCCAUACAGCUGGUUCCUAAAACUGGUUUUGGACUCUCCAACAUUGCAAAGGAUCAUGCUGAAGGCCAGAUAUUUAGUCCCACUUUAUGAGCAGGUUACCAGGCUUUGGGGUUUUUCUGGUCCCCUGGGGUUCUUAAACAUGAAUGACUGAUCACAUCUUUGAGAGUUUGAGAGCUAAUAGUAAAUCACUGUCACUCUUGGAAAGGUACUUUUCUCUCAAAACAGUCAAAUUGAAGCAGUGGUCUGUUCUCUUUCUCUCUGUCUGUUUCUAUGUCUCUGGUUUCUCUCUUCUACCAUGAGUUUCUUUUCUGUUUCUUUCCUCUUUGCCAGUAUUACCUCUUAAUGUUCGUUUAGGAGGACUAUUGGUUUUGUGGAAAGAAUUGCUAAAAGUAAGGAGACUUGAUUUCUUUUGACUUUGGAUUUUUAUUGAUGCCUUUUGUAUUUCCAUCGGAAUUUGUAUUUACAUUUCUGAAUAUAUCCCACUACACUUCUAUCCGGUGACAAAAGAUUUAAAAAGAGAAAGAAAACCUAGGUCUUAACUGUUUGUGACUGUGGGUGUCAGUUAACCUUAUUGAGCUUCUAUUUCCUCCUAUAUAAAAUGAAUUAAUCUUUACUGAAUGGUCCCUAAGGUUUCUUCCAACUGCAAGCCUUUCAUUUGUCUCUCCCUCUAUUUUUCUUCUUUCUCCAUCAAUUUUCCCUCAAGGAUGUGAGGUGGGAAUAUUUCUCCCACUCCCCAACUUCCUGGUCCAGCAAGGUCCUAUGGGAUGUGUGUGUGUGUGUGUGUGUGUGUGUGUGUUUUGUGUGUGUGUGUGUGUGAGAGAGUGAGAGAGAGAGUGAGAGAGAGAGAGAGAGAGAGAGAGAGAGAGAGAGAGAGAGAGAGAGAGAGAGAGAGAGAGAGAGAGAGAGAGAGUAUGCUUGAGUGUGUGAGAAAUUUGGCCAAAGGACUUAGCCUCAUGUAGCAUAUACAAAUACAUGAAUCAUACCAUACCUUAGUGGUUUAAACCAGGAGCAGCCUUCCACUUACUCGCAUGUGUUUGAUUCAGCCUUCUGUCCUUCUCCUUUAGUGUUGUCCUAUACCUCUCAAAUAGGCCUGCUUCCCCCUUCCACUUCCCUUUGUUCCCAGAUGACCAUAGAGGGUGCUACCAUUAACUUUGCCAAGUAUUUAGGUAUUUCCUACCCUUUGGCAUGACAUGAUCCCCCAGAGAGAAUGAAUGUGUGUGUGUAUAGGGAAAUUGUUUCUUUGAAAGAUGUAUGCAGCCAUGUGAAAGAUAAAAAGCAAUGGCAUAAUCACUGAACCAAAGGAAUUUGUGUUUUGUAAUUGUGGGAAGUUUUCUUUUGCACUUUGUUAAAGCAUUAAAUGCAUUUUUCCUGUC